CAAACCUCCAUAUCUCCCUCUCUCUCUCUCCCUCUUUCAUCCAAUUUCUCAAAGCACCAACCAGACACCCCAUCGAACAAAGAAAACGCAUUAACAAAACACAAACUCAACAAAGAAUUCAGACAAAAGACAUAGGUGGUAGCUACAUAUAUAUAUAUUUAAUUAUUUAUAUAGCUAGCUAGCUAGCUAUAGCUAUAUAGGCCUAAAAUCAUCAUGAUGCUCAACAGCAGCGGAGUGGACGGAGUUCAUGAAGCGGAGGCGGCAGCUCAGAGAGGCGGAUCCCACCACAACCACCACCAGCCGCAUCAGCAGCGGGGCCUGAAGAAGGGCCCGUGGACGGCGGCGGAGGACGGGAUCUUGAUGGAGUACGUGAAGAAGCACGGCGAGGGAAACUGGAACGCGGUGCAGAAGAAUUCAGGUCUGGCAAGGUGCGGCAAGAGCUGCAGGCUCAGGUGGGCCAACCAUUUGAGGCCUAAUCUCAAGAAAGGCUCGCUUUCCCCCGACGAAGAACGCCUCAUCAUCGAACUUCACGCUAAAUUCGGCAACAAAUGGGCUCGCAUGGCUUCUCAGUUACCCGGACGGACUGACAAUGAAAUAAAGAACUACUGGAACACCAGAAUAAAGCGACGCCAGAGGGCCGGUUUGCCAGUUUACCCUCACGACCUCCAGCCAGAAGCAGCAGCUGCUGCUUUCCACCACCACCAAAUGAGACACUCUUCUUCUUCCUCCUCCUCCGCUUCUUCAUUCUCAUCACUCCUCUCCAACUCCCAGCCUCGAAAGCCCAGCACUUAUAGCCCCGCCCAGCUUUCUCUUUACGACCACAUCACCACCUUCUCCUCCUCCUCAGAUCAUCACAACAACAACACCAACAAUUACCACCGCAAUGCUGCUUCUCUCUUUUCCAACCCCAUCACCCAAUUCAAUGGAAAUGGCGGUGGCUUCGCUAUGCCUUUUGGGUCCUCAUCUUCUUCAGCUCUCUUCAACCAGAGCCAUAACAUCCCAAACCCAAACCCUUUUGGGUCUUCAUCUGCUAAUCCUCCACCGCUUCACCAUCAGUACAAUUCUCAUGUUGGGUUUGGUGGCUACAACAAUAUUAGCCUCAGCUCGAUCAUCAUGGGGCCUCCUACUUAUGACUCAACAGCGGGUUUGGUUGCGGGGUCCAAUGCAGAGCUCCCUUCGAACCAAACACCGCCAAGUAUUCUUGGCGACGAGGCUCCAAUGGGGGCUUCCGGCAAUACCAAUGAAGAUGAUCACUAUGAAAUUGCACCUGUGCCAUCUCAAGGCAAUAGUGGUCUCUUGGAUGAUGUGUUGGCCGAGGCUCAUAACAUUUCGAAUAAGAGGUUGAAGAGUGAGGACAGUUCUUCUGGGGUGUCUGGAAAAGAGAAAGGUGUGGUGGUGGAGGAAGAGUCCGCUGAGGAGGAGGAGGAUGACACCGUGCAGGUCGAAUCAACUUUGAAGAAUAGCGGAGAUAAUAGUGCUGAAAACCAGAGGGAUGAUAGCUCCUCCCCGUCAUCAAUUGGCAUGAAACUAAGUGAGGAUCCACUAGAUGAGAUGGACGAUGACUUGCUGAGCUUGCUCAACUUCUCCUCUACAGUGCCAGCAGUGUCUGAGACGUCGUGGUACCUGGCUGAAUGCAUGUCCACCAGCGAGAAUGCAAGUGAGAAUGUGGGUCUAGACACUCAGCAAAAUGCCCCGUUGACAUCAACGUCAGUGAAGACCACGGCAGCAGCACCCGAAGUCCAGCGCACCUUAGGAGCCUGCUACUGGAACAACAUGCCUGGCAUAUGUUAAGCGUUGAAGCUUCCAGCUGGGUGAACAUUUGCUUAAAACAGACUAGAGAUAGUGAGUGUCCAUAUGAGUACUGAUGAAGACUAGAGCUUAGUGUGCAUAUGGUUAACUAAUGCUAGAGAGUUUUACUAGCUAGUGGAUGUGGAUCAUGUGGGUUUUAUCUUUUUAGUUAGUUAGAGGUUUCAUUAGGGCUAGCUUUUCUAGCAGAAAGGAAGACUGAAAAGUCUUAGGGUUAAUGAACCUUCUCUUCUAUUUUAGUUCAGUGUUUAUGUUGAAGUCGAGUAAGUAAGAUAAAAACUCCCCAAAAAAAACUUGUUUUAUAUCAUGCAUGUGUUGUAUAUAUCAUCAAUGUAGAACUCAGUUUUAGUUU